CCCUAGGCAAAUUCAGAAUACACACACGGGGCUGGAUUUGUCAGUGCCGGAAUACCAGGAAAUCCAUGGGAAGAUGAUGUCUGGCCACGUAGAGUAUCACAUUGUCGUCGUUACCCGACUGGCUGCCUUCAAAUCAGCAAAGCACAAGCCUGAAGAUGUAGUUCAGUUUAUGGUUUCCAAGAAGUACAGCGAGAUAGAGGAGCUCUACCAGAGACUGGUGGCAAGAUAUCCACAGGCUGCUCUUCCGCUCUUGCCUAGAAAAGUUCUCUUUGUGGGGGAAUCUGACAUCUGUGAACGAAGAGCUAUGUUCAAUGAUAUCAUGAAAUUCAUCUCAAAAGAUGAGGAUCUAGCAACGAGUCCUGAGUUACUGGAAUUUUUAGGAACAAAAUCUCCUACUGCCAUUGACUUCAAGGGUAAAAACAUUCCUGAUGACAAGGAGAAAGAAGAGGAAGAAAAUGAGGCAUUGGAUUUUUUCAAAGAGGAAAAGACACCUGACUUAAUCUCACAGCUUUCAUCGAUGGAAAAUGCCAAAACAGGAGAGGAAGAGGAGGAAGAAGAGGAAGAAGAUUUAGAUCCUCUUGGUAUAAUCAG